AUGGCGAGUGGUACUGUUGCCGAAUCAGAAAUAGAAGAAGAAGAAGAAAUAAAGUUGGGAUCUUAUGAUGGGAAGGUGAGAGUGCUAAGGGAAGAUGAAGACGCAGCUGCAGGGGAAAUCAUGUUCUGGCGGGGUAUCCACCGGAUACCCAUUUUGAAAGCCAUACUGUUGUACAAACAAGAUUUACUUCAUUCUUCUUUUAAUGCUCAUAAGAAUGCUGUUGUUUUGUGCAAUUUAUUAUCUAAAGGACAAGGCGAUGUGCCGACUGUAAUUGGGCCUUGGAACCGGACACGUAGCUGCUGCCGAGAACCCGAGCGGCGGUGA